CGAGGCGUGCGUUCGACUUUCGGGUGGCGACGUACGCUAAGCGUGUGUCUUCAUUAUUGAUGCAAAAGUUCCACGAUGGUAGAUCAUAACCAAAAAUUAUUACAGGAGUUGUUAAAGAAACCCGGGAAUAAUGUGUGUGCCGAUUGUGGAAGCCAGGGGCCAGAUUGGGCUUCUUACAAUCUGGGUAUUUUUAUAUGCAUGCGAUGUGCAAGUAUACAUCGCGGCAUGGGAGCGCAUAUCAGCAAAGUGAAACACCUAGAUUUAGAUCGCUGGGAGGACUCACAAGUGCAGAGAAUGAAAGAAGUUGGAAACGUCGCGGCAAAGAAUAAAUACGAGGAGCGUGUACCGCCGUGUUAUCGGCGACCGACGAAGAACGACCCACAAGUUUUGAUCGAACAAUGGAUACGCGCCAAGUACGAAAGAGAGGAAUUCUGUCACCCAGAACGUCAGAGCUACCUCUCCGGUACCAUGGUCGGGUUCCUCAUGAAGAGAGGCAAAGAGGACAGUCGCUAUCAGCUGAGAAAGUUUGUUCUCAACGAAAACGAGGACACUUUGAAGUACCAACACGCUUCAGACGGCUGUAGCCGUGCUUCGGGUUGUCUCGGUCGGAUUUUCGAUCAUCUCCGACUCAAAAACUUGGGUCGUUUGAGGUAUCACGUCAAGGAGAACAAGGAACCAAAGGGUGUGUUAAAAUUAUCUGAACUGAACGUGUCGUUCGCCCCCUCUAAGAUCGGUCACAUGAACUCCAUGCAGCUGACAUUCAUGAAGGACGGAUCAACGAGGCAUAUUUACGUUUACCACGAGGACCCGGAAGUUAUUAACUGCUGGUACACAGCCAUACGCUGCGCAAAAUUACACCUAUUACAAGUAGCGUUUCCAUCGACCCCUCAAUCCGACCUCAUUCUCCGUCUGCCUAAAGACUUCGCACGCGAAGGUUGGCUGUGGAAAACGGGGCCGCGGCCGUCUGAUGUGCACAGACGGCGAUGGUUCACGCUCGACACCAGGAAGUUGAUGUACCACGACGAACCGCUGGACGCUUAUCCUAAGGGCGAAAUAUUUAUUGGCCACGAAUCCAACGGUUACCAAAUCAAAGUUUCAAACACGGGUAACGGCUGCAAGGAGGCGCGUUUCCCGUUCCAGCUGGUGACGCCCGAGCGGACGUUCUGCCUCGCCGCGACCACUCACGAGGACCGCGCCGGCUGGCUCGCUGUCAUACAGCAAGCGCUGAAAAGACCGCUCACACCGCAAGACUCCACGAUCGAAGCGACGCUCGUUCGGAAACGCACAACGUCGAAUUCGAUCAGCAUAUUCUCAGGGAGGUAGUUUAAUUUUAUCACCUUUUGUUAUAUAAUUAAACCACAUAGAAAGUAUUCUUAAAGAAAUUAAACCGUAUUCAUCUCGCUUACGAUAUAUUUAAACAAUUCGCUAGUGCAAAAAAUACCUAAUUUUAAAUGAUUUAAUUUCACGCAUGUAUUUUAUGAAUAUUUUAUUUGUAAAUAAUUUUAUUUCGACGUUAAUAUGAAUUAUUUAAUUCUGAUGAUUAUUUUUUUUUUUUAUUGUAAUACAUUUGUUUUAGUCAAAAUAGUUUUACUAUUUGUAAAUAAAUUAAUUAUUUUAUUGAAAAUAAUUUAUAAAAUUAAUAGUGAAGGGACUGAAUCUGUUAUUUAUAUUAUUAUUAAUUGUGAUUAGUUCGUUAAGGUUUUUUUUUCACAAAUUAAAUGGAAAUAUUAGGAGGAAACUUUGUAAUAUGUAUUCAGGCUUCGCACAAAAUGUUUUUAAUAUAAUACAUAUAUUUUUAAUUUUCUUACAUCUUACCACUCGGUUGGAUUGCGUGUGUUGUGAAAGAGGAAAUGGGGAGUAGCGACCGUUAUUCAAUUUACAAUCACGUGGAUUAGGUUAUGACUUAUGUAGAGCUGCAUAUCAUGUAUAAGAAAAUUGGAAAUUUGAAGUCAACGCAUUGGCGAUAACAAUUAUAAUUACGUUUAGUUGUAAACAACAUUGAUACACUAAUCUUUAGUGACUUUCAAAAUUGAAUAAGUUACAAACACACUCCGUAAAUUCACCAUAAGAUUUUGCGUUCUUAUGUAAAAAAUAAGAGUUAAAUUCGUUUCAUAGUUAUCUUCACAUAGACGCUACUAUGAUGAUACUUUUAAAUCACAUAUUAAAAUUCGUAAUAAAUAAUUAUAGUUUUUGGUGUGUUUGAUGUCAUUCAAUUUGUCAAUAUCGUGUCCAAAAUAUAAGAGUUACUAAAACAAUAUUAGUAAGCAUGCUAUUUAUUUAUAUUUCCUGCUAAGAAUUAAAAAAAAAAUCACGUCAUGUUAUCACAAAAAGUUAUUUAAAAUAACAUAUUGCUCUCUCGUUCAUAUAAAGACAUUUUACAGGGAAUUCGUGUAAAAAUUUAAUCGUACAUAUUAUAGUAGAACAAAAUUACAAUAAACAUCGUAUAUAAUGCUUUAGUGUCAUAAGCAAUAUAAUUGUAGACAUAAGUAAGUUAAGUCUAAUAAAAUAAUUGUAUUCGAUAGAUUUUGUACCAUUAUAACUUCAUAUAUUACUCAUUUACGUUAGUAGAAAAUGUAUGUCUUCUCGGUCACUCCUAUUGAAAUACCUAGCGUACGAGCAGGAUAGUAAUAACAAUACACAACCACUAAAAAAUUGUGCAUCUGUCAUACUAUAAGCUAAAAUUGUAUGUCGUUAAUCUAAUAGAUAUUGACUAUGGUUCAUGGGAUUUAUCUUUAACGUAAUUUCAAGUAAUAUUGAUCUACAAUUAGUCAAUAUGAAUCGUCUCGGUCACUCGUAUUGUAACAGCAAGCUUAUGAGCAGGAUAGCAACAAUACUCUCACGCUCUAAUAGCUCGUGCAUCUGUCAUACAACAACAAAUUAGGAUUGUGUGUUGUUAAAUUGACGGAACCUGUUUCUGGCUGAUGGGCUUUAUCUUUAACGUAGUAUCAAAUAUUUAAAAAAAAAAUAGUAAAUAAUAUAACAAUAACAAUAAUUCAUGUAUCAAUUCGAUACUCGAUAUCGAUGACCGAUAUUAAAUAUCGGGGUUUUUCUUUAUUAGCUUAAUAAUCAAUAAUUUGCUUUGUUUAUUUAAAAUGAUGAAGCAAAUAUGAGUAGACAAAAUUAUUAUUUAACGAUUAAUUCGAAAGGAAGUUUUGAUGUUAAUGUGAAACGUAUUUUUCUGGCCUAUUCGAACCACAGGAGUAAAGACAACGACAAAAAACAACUUUGACAUUUAGUUGACGCGAUAUCAUUGGUCUUGAAUAAUCUAUGACAUUUAAAAUGGAUUGAAAUUUCAAAAUUUGUGAAAAUCCGCGACGGUGUUACCGUAGACAAAGAAACAAAUAGACCAAAGGGCCGUGAAGCCGCGAUUGAGCAGAGAUAGUUUGUCAAUGUGUGCGUAUAAUGUUGCCAUAGUAACUGCAUUCCCUGUUUUGGGAGAUAAAUAAUUUUUAGGAUUUAAUUAAAACAUGAAAAAACACCAAAACUGGUUACGCGAUAAGGGACAAAAGAUUUAAUAAUUCUAUCUCUGACUAAACCAUUUGUAACGUAAUUUUCGUUCUCUUUCUUGUGUAAGUGAGAACGAAAUCGUCAUUGCGUCUAUUAGUUUCUAAAAGUAAAGUGAAAUUAAAAUUAAAGUGGUUAUAGCCUAUUCCAACCGCAAAAGCAAUAAGCCCAAAUAAACAACUUUGUCAUCGAAUUGACGCAAUAUCAUUGGUCGAGAUCUUGAAUAAUCUAUGAUAUUCACUCUGCAUGCGCGAAAAAAUAGCGUUUAAUGUCCGCGAAGUUGUUAUCGGAACUUCGAAAGUUAAAUUAAUGUGGUUAUAACUGGUUGAGUGGAAUAGUGUUGUUUUAUAAAUAAAGAUAUUCAUCAAGAACUGUUUAUAAUGCAUUAUAUAGCAGAGCUAUUAGGAAAUGGUAUAUGCGAAUCUUAAGGUCUGUUUAUCUUUACUCCUUCGUUUUGAAUAGGGUUUAAUUAAAUAAAAUAUAAUCAACUAUAUCAGUAGUAGUUAAAUGUAUUAUUAUAUUGAAAUAAAAUAAUCGAUCGUUCGAUACAGAUAACGACGUAUUUAAUACUUAAUAUACAAAUAAGCAAUUAGUAACGCAAUAAUUUCGCGUACAAUUUGUAUGUUUUAGCGUUGUAGUAUUAUUUAUCACUUAUCAAUUUUAAUAGCUGCAAAUAUAUAUUGAUUUCUAUAUAAUUUAAUAUCCGCUGAUUAUUUAUUUAUUGUCAUUUUAUUUAUUAUUAAAGUUAGAUGGUACUACAAAAUAAAUUAUGUAUUAUAUAUUAAUUUUAUAGCUUAUAUAAUUGAGGUUGAUAUUAAUUACAGAGAUUACGUAUUCAUUAAAAAAUACGUUCAAUAAAUUAGUUUGUUAAAUAGAUGAUCAAAUAUUAAAUUUUCAUUAUCAUAUAGCCUUACAAACGUCGUUUAACGGGUGUUUAGUCAAACAUUGAUUUCUCUCUUUUUAUCAUUGAUUUCAUAUUUGAAAGAAGAAGACAGCUAGUAAUGUGCCGGAUUGGCUAUUUUUGGUAUUCGAAUUUUUGGUACUUGUUAAUAAAGUCAGUAAUCGAGUGGGUAGACUCGGACAGAUACUUGAAUACUUAUAUGUAUUCGAAUACUUAAUAGGACUCGAAUCUUUUUGAAUGAUUUACUCGUUAAUAAUAAAACAAUAUUCAUACGUGUUUCUGUAGCGCUUAACUGACUUCACAAUAAAAUAUAGACUUAAAAGUUGUAGACAUAAGAUCGCAAUUUGCGUACCCGUCUUAGUAUUCGAAUACCACUAGACGAAAAUCGCUAGAAAGAAAAGAGAGACCUAAGUCAUUCUACACAUAUACAUACAACUCUGUGGGCCAAUUGUACUGUAACACGUGUCGUAGGGCUUUCAAACCAAAUUUGGUCUAGAGAACCACAUUAAGACAUGCUAGAAAAAAUAUUUAAAUUCUAGGGUCGCCGUCAUCGAAAUCGAUGAGAAUGAUUAUAUUCGAAUACCAUAAAGAGCUCGGCACCCGUACUCGAAUACCGUGUAUAAUGUAUCCAAAUCCUAUAAUUUCGAUACUCGAGUAUGUAAGCUCUUACUAAGUUUUUUAGUCGGUACUCGAGUCAGCUCACACGACUGACUGGCACAUCUCUAGAUACAGCAUUGUUGACCUAACCCGCUAAACAACAUUUAUAUGUAAAGCCGUUUUAGUUUUUAUGUUUUAAUGAUAAAUAAUCGACACGUUUUUAGAACUAUCUACGUAUAUAAUUUAUUGUUAAACUUUGUAAUUCAAUUGCGAUAUUUUCUAUAACAAUUUCAACUAAUUUGACAUUCUUAUUCAUGACAGUUGAAAUUUCUGUUUUAUUUCUUCUCUAUUUUAACGACAUUUGCCGAUAAAUCAAUUACUAAUCAAUUUAUAUUCUGUCUUCUGAUUUUUUUUUAAAUUAUAAACUGAUCUAAAUCUAUUAGUGAUAUUUACGACUAGGAACGAAUGAUUUUAUUUACUUGAAUAGAUCGUAUUAAAAGCUAGGAGACUACCAAAAAGGUAGAAUAAUAUUUUAAUAUUAAUGUAUUCUUUGAAUAGGAAUGAUAAUGUGUGUGAAAAUGAUGAAUAAAAUUCGUCAAUGUGAGGAAUAGUGUGUGAAGUGCUUAUAAAAUCUGAACAGUCUGUUUUAAAAUAUACUUUUAUUAAACGCGUUUAUGAAAAUUUAUAUGAAAUUCAAUGUAAUUAAUUCAAGUGACUAGAUAAAAAUAUGAAAUGUAAAGAUUACUGCAUGAGUUUAAUACAUAUAAAAUUAUAAUAAACAGAAAUUUAAUAAUUAUUUAUUAUAUAUUUUGUGUCCAAAAUCAUUUAAUGCUCCCGGCACAGAAUACUACAACUUCAAAAUAUUUCUUGUAAGUUUUUAAAAACUAAAUUCACAGUAUGAAUAUUUAAAA